CGACGUCGUGACGUCACCGCGUGCCACUUGCUCGCUCGCUCUCUCUCGCUUUUUGAUGCGGCUCUUUGAAAAGUCUCAUGCACGAGCUUUAGCAUUUAGCUGCUGCUCGGAGACAAGAAAACUCUGACGGCAAUAAAACAGCGCAGGGGUAAUAAAAAAAACUCGCGUGAAGCUCGGAACCGCGUUUAAGUGGUAUUUACAAAAAUAAUAAAAAAAUGAAUAAAGCACAUUUACAGUAGUUAGCGACGCUAAGCUAACGGUUACAGCUGGCUAACUAACGAUAGCUCCACAGUUUAGCUUUAGCUUCUCAUGCUAGCUAGUUUCAGGGCUUUUAGAAAGCUAAUGUUAGGAACCGACCGAGCUGAGAAGAUCUCCGAAAAGUCCUCAGAGAGAUUUAUAGAUAUAAAAAAACAGUAUUAAUACAGUAAAAGGUGGAGAACAUCCUAAUGAGUAGCUGUGAAGAACAGGAAAAAGGGAGAGGAGUGACGGCUCGGCCCUUUUAACCGUGCCAGCUUAUGAACCGGCGCUGCGAGCGGCUUCGUUCUCCUGCACAGUACAGGGGUUUGGCUUGGCACCUGGCAAAACGGGCACGAGGCAGAGUGGGUCAGAGCCAUGUCAGAGAGCGAGGAUGCCGAUCAUCCUCGCUUCUUUGUUGGUGCUGAUGAUGGAGAAGGAGAGGAGCUGCUUGACCCGGGCCGAGUGCUGGGCUACGACUGCCUCUACGAGAACGUUGAGGAGGAAGACGUGGACGAGGAAGAGUAUGACUCGCCUCCAGAGAGACAGAUAGUGGUGGGAAUCUCUGCCAUGGCCAAAAAGUCCAAGUCCAAACCAAUGAAGGAGAUCCUGGAGCGCCUUUGCCUCUUCAAGUACAUCACGGUAGUCACAUUCGAGGAGGAGGUCAUCCUCAAUGAGCCUGUGGAGAACUGGCCACUGUGCGACUGUCUCAUCUCGUUUCACUCCAAAGGAUUUCCUUUGGACAAAGCUGUAGCUUAUGAAAAGUUAAGGAACCCAUUUGUGAUCAAUGAUCUGGAUCUGCAGUACUGCAUUCAGGACAGGAGGGAAGUGUAUCAGAUACUGAAGGCAGAGGGUAUCCAGCUUCCACGCUACGCCGUCCUGAACAGAGACCCAGCCAGACCAGAAGAAUGUAACCUGGUUGAGGGAGAAGACCAUGUGGAGGUAAAUGGGGAAAUUUUCCAGAAGCCUUUUGUGGAGAAGCCGGUGAGUGCCGAGGACCAUAACGUCUAUAUCUACUAUCCUACGUCUGCAGGAGGGGGCAGCCAGAGGCUUUUCCGCAAGAUUGGCAGCAGAAGUAGUGUUUAUUCUCCCGAGAGUAGUGUCCGGAAAACCGGCUCUUACAUAUAUGAAGAGUUUAUGCCUACAGAUGGGACGGACGUUAAGGUAUACACAGUGGGUCCGGACUAUGCCCACGCUGAGGCCCGUAAAUCUCCUGCUCUGGAUGGAAAGGUGGAACGAGACAGCGAAGGAAAAGAGGUACGCUAUCCUGUCAUCCUCAACGCCAGAGAGAAACUCAUUGCCUGGAAAGUCUGUCUGGCCUUUAAGCAAACAGUGUGUGGGUUUGACCUGCUUCGUGCUAACGGCCAAUCGUACGUCUGUGACGUGAAUGGCUUCAGCUUCGUCAAGAACUCCAUGAAAUAUUAUGAUGACUGUGCAAAAAUUCUGGGGAAUAUUGUCAUGCGAGAGCUAGCUCCUCAGUUCCAGAUUCCAUGGUCCAUCCCUCUAGAAGCUGAAGACAUUCCCAUAGUUCCCACCACCUCCGGGACAAUGAUGGAGCUGAGGUGUGUUAUUGCUGUGAUCCGACAUGGAGACAGAACUCCCAAGCAGAAGAUGAAAAUGGAGGUUAGACAUCAGAGAUUUUUUGACCUCUUCGAGAAAUACGAGGGAUACAAAAGUGGAAAGCUGAAGCUAAAAAAGCCAAAACAGCUUCAGGAAGUUUUAGACAUCGCCAGACAACUGUUGGUUGAACUAGGGCAGAAUAAUGACACGGAAAUUGAAGAAAGCAAAGCCAAACUUGAGCAGCUGAAAACGGUCCUUGAGAUGUACGGCCAUUUUUCAGGUAUUAAUCGCAAGGUCCAAUUAACAUAUCUCCCACAUGGAUGCCCAAAAACAUCCAGUGAAGAGGAAGACGUGCGGAGGGACGACCCAUCCUUACUGCUGGUGCUGAAAUGGGGUGGGGAGUUGACUCCAGCCGGCAGGGUACAGGCAGAGGAACUGGGACGUGCAUUUAGGUGUAUGUACCCUGGAGGACAAGGUGACUAUGCAGGUUUCCCUGGCUGUGGCCUGUUGCGUCUGCACAGCACGUAUCGGCAUGACCUGAAGAUCUACGCUUCUGACGAAGGCCGGGUUCAGAUGACUGCAGCCGCUUUCGCCAAGGGUCUCUUGGCACUAGAGGGUGAGUUGACACCUAUCCUAGUGCAGAUGGUGAAAAGUGCCAACAUGAACGGUCUCCUGGACAGUGACAGUGACUCUUUAAGCAGCUGCCAACAGAGAGUGAAAGCUCGACUCCAUGAGAUCCUGCAGAAGGACAGAGACUUCACCCCCGAAGACUAUGAAAAGCUGGCUCCAACGACAAGUACAUCACUAGUGAAGUCCAUGCAGAUGAUCAAGAACCCAGUAAAGACGUGUGAUAAAGUUUAUUCCCUCAUCCAAAACCUAACACUGCAGAUCAGAGAGAGGAUGGAAAACCCCAAGUCAGCAGACAUCCAGCUGUACCACAGUGAGACUCUGGAGCUGAUGCUGCGUCGCUGGUCCAAACUGGAGAAGGACUUCAAGAUGAAAAAUGGGCGCUACAACAUCAGUAAAAUCCCGGACAUCUACGACUGCAUCAAAUACGAUGUGCAGCACAACAGCUCACUUAAGCUGGACAACACCAUGGAGAUCUACAGGCUCUCUAAAGCUCUGGCGGAUAUCGUCAUUCCACAGGAAUAUGGUAUUUCUCAUCCCGAGAAGCUGGACAUUGCUAAAGGCUAUUGCACACCGCUGAUUCGCAAAAUCCGCUCUGACCUCCAGAGAACGCAGGAUGAUGACACGGUCAAUAAACUUCACCCGGUUUAUUCCAGAGGAGUCAUGUCUCCAGAGCGUCAUGUCCGCACCAGGCUCUACUUCACCAGUGAGAGUCACGUGCACUCUCUACUCUCCAUCCUACGCUACGGAGCUCUUUGUGAUGAGACCAAAGAUGAGCAGUGGAAGAGGGCCAUGGACUACCUGAAAGUGGUCAGUGAGCUGAACUACAUGACCCAGAUUGUGAUAAUGUUGUAUGAGGAUCCCAAUAAGGAUCCAUCAUCAGAGGAGCGUUUUCAUGUGGAGCUGCAUUUCAGUCCAGGAGCAAAAGGUUGUGAGGAGGAUAAAAACCUGCCGUCAGGAUUUGGCUACAGACCAGCAUCUAGAGAGAACGAAGGCUCCAAAAAGAAGUUGCAGAACGACAGCGAUGAGGAGUCGAGUAAUUUAAAGCGGGACGAGCCAGAUCGAGCCCUCGUCAUGUUCCGACCCAUGGUGUCCGACCCCAUCUACAUUCACAGGAAGUCCCCUCUUCCACGUUCCAAAAAGAUCGGCUCUGUAGAAUCCCCAUUGCAGACAGACUUUAUCAAGACCUCUACUGGCAAAGAAGAAAGCCCCCUGAGUGUGUCUAGCCCUGAGUCUAUUGGUACCUGGAUACAUUACACCUGUGGUGUUGGUACUGGGCGUCGAAGACGCAGAUCAGGGGACCAAAUAACUUCCUCCCCUGUCUCCCCCAAAUCACUGGCUUUCACAUCCAGUAUUUUUGGCUCAUGGCAACAGGUUCUUUCGGAGAACAACAGUCACGCAAGACCAGGCAGACUUCACACAGAUCAGAAGCUCACCACUGGAAUAGGGUCUCAUUGUGCUGGCCUGUUUAGCACCAUGGUGCUGGGAGGCUCCUCCAGCGCCCCUAACCUACAAGAUUAUGCUCGCACACACCGUAAAAAGCUGACCUCUUCUGCCUUCUUAGAUGAGGCCACCCGUGGUUCUGCUGUAAAAAGAUUUUCUAUCUCAUUUGCGCGACACCCAACCAAUGGCUUUGAGUUGUACUCCAUGGUUCCCUCCAUCUGCCCACUGGAGACCCUCCACAAUUCACUUUCCCUUAAACAAGUCGAUGACUUCCUUGCCUCGAUUGCCACCUCCCAUGAUUCCUUACUGGAUUUGUCUGUGUGCUCACCAGCUGUUCAAGGAAAGAAAGUUCCUUUAAAUACCUACACUCCUGCAAAGGUUUUACCAUGUCCUUUCACUCAGACCACCGGCAAGAAGACACCUGAGCGCACUAAAUCAGCCUGUGGAAGCUCUCCUUCCAGAGUGACUCGGUGGAGCAGAGCUGAUGCUGUUCAGCAUGUUGCCACUGUAGACAGAGCAUUACAGCAGCGCUCACCUUUGCGGUGUUCAGAGAGCAACACACAAUGUAAGCCCAACACUGCAGAACACACUGCUAUUAGCAUCCUGGUAUCCUCUCCACCAACGUCCUGUAAAGCCCAACUCUACUCGAACUGCCAGGAAAGCCAUGAGGACAGUGCGUCCAGUCACACUCAAGCCUGGACAGGAUGCUGUCAAGUCUCAUCACAGCUCACAUGUCCUCACACGAGUGUCACAAACGCACCUCAAGUAUCAUCCAGUGACGAUCACAUCCAUAUCACACCAAAACAAAGCAGCAUGGAGGAAACUCCGAGCGGAGCCGUAGCUGCACACAAGUUCACUAAGCAGACUGCUCAUGAGGAGCAACAUGAAGGCAAAGCGCAGCCAUGUUCUCCACCACCAAUAACGCAAAACUUAUCAGUGGCCGUGCCACAAGACCACAAAGCCAUGCUUUCUCAAAUCUGACCAAACCUUCCGUUUCACUUGUAUUCAGACAACCAUUCUAACAUUCCAUGUUACAUUCAACCAUUGCUUAAUGAUUCCUGUCAGAGUUGUACACAGUAGUUCAGCGGUAGUACAAUUUGUGCUAUUUAGUACGAUUUCGAAUGUACUCUUAUGAAGAAUUUAUUUCUCAUAUCAUGUAUAUUUGAAUGUAAACCAGAUGUAUACACUCAUUAGAUCUGUUUGAUUGUAGAUUCAACCUGACCAUUAAAUAAACAGCACUUUUUUGGAUAUUAUUAUCGAGAUCCAAAGUAAAAUGUAAUGUAACUGAAAGUUAUAUUUUUCACAUAUCUUUGGUUACCAAAAAUGUACAUUUUAUCUUUUUUUUUCUUCUCAUUUAGCUGCCUUAUAGUUAUUGCUGUAAAAGAUAUUUUUCACCAGUGCAUUCCACCCUUACCAAAAAUGAUUGUAUAGAUACAUAUAUGUAUGUAUAUUAGGAAUAAACCUCAAUGGAACCAUGUUAUAUGCUAAA